ACGAUGACGACCUCUUCAACUUGACCGGUGUCCGACCGAGUGCUCAUGCAGGAGAACGUCAAACAAAGAAAGAAGAAGGAGAGGAAAACGAAGAAGAUGAUGGUGAAGAUGUUGGAGACGGUGUGGAGCAUCACACUCAUUAUAGAGAAGAUGGAGGGAUAUUACCAGUGAAACUUGAAGCAUCAAUUCGGC